AGAGAGUGUAGUUUGUAACAGUGUGGUGAUAAUUUGGGCUACGUACAAUACAUAGCCUGAUACAUUCGGUGCUGGAGAAGGGGAUGCUUACAUCUCACAUCUGUAUGAAGGAAAAAAGGAAUGAAGAAGAAGCUUUAUAUUUAUUCUUGCCAUAAAAACGUGGAUAAUCAAUGCAGUGUCGCUCGUGCGCCUCUGGAAACAAAGCGAGACUGACCAAAUGCGGAUUUUUUACUUUAACUACGACUUCAGUUGUGUAGGUAACGCUACUGGCAUCACCGGCUCUCGCACUGUUGGUUAAAAUUACACAGAUAAGGGCCUUUAUUUUUUAAAGGCAUCUCUGGUCUGUUUUAUUUGUUUUCUACAACGAGGAGGAGAAAGCGUUUUGGGCGGCCAGAUGCACCAUUUGGACGGCUGAGCUGUAGCACUUCACCCGCUCCUGAGCUCCAACGUGGGACACUGAAGCAGGGUCUCGCAGCCAUGAGGACGCUGCCAUGUCACUUUGAGCUGGGAAUAUCUGCACCUAUGGCAUCGUGUUUAGCGUGAGCUCACCAGCAACGAUGCCUGUUCACCCUGGGGAAGAAUGGUUCACUCCACUACUGCUCCCCUCCCAGAGGCAGGGGACAUUAACGCCAGUCUCUGCUGCUUCGUUACGGGGCUGCUGAACCUUACAGAGAGGCCGUCGAUGGAGAAUAUCUCCAUGGGCUCCCGGUUGCCCUCGGAGCCAGUCACGCCGACAACGGAGGCCCCGGAGAGCCUGCAAGGCGUUGGCCUACCUCUGCAGGUCUUCUUCUGCUUCAUCAUGGUCGCCAUCCUGCUUUUGGCUCUGCUGGGAAACGUGGUGGUGUGCCUGAUGGUGUACCAGAGAUCUGCCAUGCGCUCGGCCAUCAACAUCCUCUUGGCGAGCCUGGCGUUUGCAGACAUGAUGCUGGCCAUCCUGAACAUGCCCUUCGCUCUGGUUACCGUGGUGACUACCCAGUGGAUUUUCGGAGACGUUUUCUGUCGAGUUUCAGCCAUGCUCUUUUGGUUCUUUGUGAUGGAGGGCGUGGCUGUACUGCUUAUAAUAAGCAUAGACCGCUUUCUUAUUAUUGUCCAGAAGCAAGAUAAGCUGAGCCCACAGAGAGCUAAAGUGCUCAUAGUGGUCACAUGGGGACUCUCUUUCAUUUUCUCUUUCCCCCUGGCUGUCGGUUCCCCUCCCCUUCAGAUCCCUCCCAGGGCCCCUCAGUGUGUAUUUGGCUACAGCGCUGAGCCUGGUUACCACGCCUAUGUGUUGAUACUAAUGCUAGUCUUCUUCUUCCUACCUUUCAUGGUCAUGCUGUACACAUUUAUGGGGAUCCUCAACACCAUCCGGCACAACGCCAUCCGCAUCCACAGCCACCCAGACAGCAUCUGUCUGAGCCAGGCCAGCAAACUGGGCCUGCUGAGCCUCCAGAGGCCCUUCCAAAUGAACAUAGACAUGAGCUUCAAGACCCGUGCCUUCACCACCAUCCUCAUCCUCUUCUCUGUGUUUACAGUGUGCUGGGCGCCCUUCACUGCCUACAGUCUGGUAGCUACCUUCAGCGAUGGCUUCUACCACAAAGACAGCUUUUUUCAAAUUAGCACAUGGGUCCUGUGGUUGUGCUACCUCAAGUCAGCCCUAAACCCUCUCAUUUACUACUGGCGGAUCAAGAAGUUCCGCGACGCCUGCCUUGAUCUGAUGCCCAAGUACUUCAAGUUUCUUCCUCAGCUGCCAGGCAACACGAAGAGGCGCAUACAGCCGAGCGCAGUGUAUGUGUGCGGAGAGCAUCGCACGGUGGUCUAAAGGAAAAGUCCACACUUCGACACUGUUAAAAACACAUCUUUACAUCAUGUACCUUGCAGUUCUGGGCCUGUUUUGUUGUUUGGUGGUUUACUUCUCUUGGCAGAAUGAAAACAGCACUGCAUUAAAAAAAAAGGCAAGGGGCAUGCACGUUUUAAGGCUCAUCAAACACCAAAACACCUGCGCACCAAGAUAAUUAAUAUCAUUAGAUAUGAUUUGUCCGAAAUAGGGCUGUGUAUUGUUUGAUAGUGUCGUCACGACACUGGAAUUUCAAACUUAGUUGCAAUACCUCGAAAAAUAUUGAUAUUUGAUUUGAUUUUUUAUUAAAAGAUAAACAUAACAUGGCUAUAACAUGACGACAAAUUUUCUCAGUAGCAGUAAAACAGUAAACACGAACAAUAAGAGAUAGCAAGAAAGGGCAGCUGUUACAAAAACUGCAGAAAAUAAGUAUUGACACUGCUUCAAAAUAUUUAGUAUUGUAAGUAUCGAUAAGUAGAUAUUUUUGACAACACUGUUUUUUGAAAGGUUCCAAUACAUUACCCAAGUUUCAGUGCCAAAACAGGAUGUUCUUGAGACCUUACUUGGGCAAUAUGAACAUUAUUUUCGACAUAACUCUGUAUUUGACAAAAUAAGUCAAACCUUUCAAAUGAUAAAUGUAAAAUACAAACAGCUAAACAAGAACUUUGAAAUACAGCAGUGGCAAAAUGUUAAUGUGAAUCCAGUAUUUGCUGUCUGUGAUAAAAUAUUCAAAAUUCAAGUUUGACUUACUAGCUGUUAUGGGAGCCUUUUGAUAUCAACUACAUGAAUCUGAUUAGAUAUUCGAUGUCAGCUUUUGGUACUAAAGUCACAAUGAAGUACCCAAUGCAAUGCUGCAGGGAUGACGUCUUUUUGUAGGCCGACCGGACAUUACACAUUGCCCUGGUUCCCCCGGCAAAAAGUACCAAUGGGAUAUUUCCAUUUGAUUUUGGAUGAUUCAAGAAAAAUGUUUGAGGUUAAAAGCUAGCGUUAGCCUACAAAUUAAGUAUGCGAUCGUUGCUUAACUUCGUCGUCACCACAACAAGGCUCACCGCGUUCGCAGUGAUGACAUCCUGUAGUCGCAUUUAGCCACUUGUUAGCAACCGCUUUUCUUAAGACACGUAAAAGCUUCAAAAUUCACGGUGGUGGUGUAUUUACGGACGUAUAAUAUGCCAUAAAACAAAACAGGAAAAUUUCAGGCAACUAACCAAAAACCCAUUGUGUUUUAAAGCUCUUCCUUGCAAGUCUGCACUAACAGGCGUUGAGUAUAAAUACCCGGCCCUACUGGGGAAAGUUCAUCCAUCAUCAUUUUCCCUUCUAUCUUGAUGACUGGAGUUAAACCAUUCUCAUUACAGAAUAAUCUACCAGCGUGCGCGACAUAUUUGAUCGGCCAGUGCAGUACAUUGCCCGAUGGCACUGCAAGAGUUGAGUCAGGGUCUACUUUUAUGCCGGGUGACCUUGCACUUCCUUGCUGAAGCCCUGCACAUCAAAGACCCUGCAGUGUUUUAAUGCAGUGCUUAUGUUGUUCUGACUUCCUGUUAAGCUCUGAAGUUCAACAACAAUCAGAGUGUGUAUGAAGAUUCUCAAUGGGUCAUGGGAUGUCAGACAGGUGAAGGCAACUGGACUCAGCGUGUGGAAGAUGUUUUUGCAUCCAUUCAAAGAGGCUGCAUCACUGGUGAAACGUCAGUUUUAAAUUUCUGUCGUGUUUAGCUGAAUAGGUAUUUAUUUCCCAUUUUAAAAGGGUAAAAACUUGGUGGCUGUGCCGAAAGUAGCUGCAGUCUCUGCUUAAUUUAAUUUAAGUUACAGUUGGCAGCAGGUCAUGUAGAAUUGCUCCUCAUACAGCAGAUGAUAGUUGAUAGUUUUGAGACUUGCAUCUGCACUGGAAGUCCAGUUGCCUUUGAGUCUGUGGAGAUUGUUUCAUUCAGCUCAUCAUAUAUCAUCAUGUACCAACUGAAAGGCAGCUGCGCUGGCGGUUUUGUCUCAGUCUCAAACAGCAGACCAAACAACAGGUACAUUUUUCUCUGAUUUAGUUAUUGUAGAUAAACAAGCAUACAGAAAAAAAUGGUUUUAUAGAAGAGGGAGAGACUCAUCUCCACCAACAGCAGCUUCAGUAGGCCUUGGUAGCAAUACCUUUUAUUCUUUUAAAUACAAAUGUUCUUUUUUGUUAAAUAUGUGAACACAAGCAACCGUACAACAUUUUUGCCUAAAUACAGUGUAAAAAAAAAAUGCAGCCCAAACGCCAGAGUAAAUGUUGGCAGUAUAUGUUUCUGCAAACCAUGGAUAUGUUACAUUGUACAUUUUAUAUGUUAAAGUUGUGCAUUUGAAAUGUAGUGGAUAUGCUUAACUUCAUGGUUAAUUACAUUUAAAUUUUAUUUUUAAUUUUAUGUUGUGACAAUGCUGUGAUUCAUGUGCAGCAGAGUCCUGCACGGGUCCAUUUUUGAAAACUCGCACCUGCCCAUACCUGUAAAGCUCAGUACCAGAACCGAUGCUCAUCAUUAUGUUUAAGUCAAAGCUGCACCCACCCACACCCAUUAAUAAAAGUCUUGCAACCAAACCUGCACCCGUGAUUAAACACGUUAUACGUUAACAAGUUGGGUUCUCCAUUGAAUUGAAUUACAAAUCAGAGAAGAUGUCUCUUUCCCUGGCUGCGCUCGAUGCCAGGAUGGCGAAAACAUUCUGUGCAAUGACUGCCAGGUUAGGAAACAUUAUAGCACGCUCCCUCCACCACCAUAAAACCUCAAGAGUGUCUUGGGUGUCUUGAACUGGGUGUAAGCUGCCACCUCAUCCUCGGGCUGCAUUGUUUUAUAGCUGGAGUCCUCCAUGUCGGUGGCGAAUGUGACCACGGUGUCAAAGGAUCAACUUGAGUCAUUGACUUUCAAAAUAAAAGGAAUUGCAGCUUGAUAGUGGUAACAUAUACUGCACAUCUUUUUCAUUUGUUUUAUUCUGAAAUAAUAUAUUUUUGUUCUCGCCCGCUGCCCACCCAAGUGUAGUUUAUUUUUACCCCUGCCCGUAUCCAUGAAUUUAUGUAUAUACAUAUUUUGCAACAAGAGCAGCUAAAAAUGUCCUGACGUGUCAUUAAAAAAUACCUGGUUUUAUUGCAACAAGCAGGGCUAGAAAUGUCCCAACAUGUUGUUAAACAUACCCGGUUUUGUCACAACAUAAAUGGUUGGAAAUGUCCCAACAUGCCAUUAAAAAAUACCUGGUAGUGUCGCAACAAGCAUGGGUGGAAAUGUCCAGACACAUUGUCCAAAAUAUCCACUUGUGAUGUUAGUUGUUCUCAAACAGUGGUCUGCAGAUGUUCGCCUAUCUGUCAGGCUAUCCACCAUCCCCUUGACCUCCUGAUGAGUAAUUCAGUUCAUAUACAUAUACAUGUAACCUGAACUUCAUUGUGUUGGAAUUGUCACUUAAGAAAUGUUGAUAUGAUAUGUAUGAAAUGUACAAAUGUAACAUAUUGGUGUUUGUACAGUGCCAACAUUUUAUUCUGGGGACUGGGCUGAAAAAUUGGCUAAAUUUUUGUUGAAGUCAGAAACUAUCUGUUCAAAGUCAACAAGGAUACCAAACUGUCAAAAUAUUUGGUGCCAGUUUUUGAUACUUGAUGGUUUUUAAUACUUGGUUCUGCUGACAUAUUGCUUUUGGUACAAAAGAUAUUUAAAUUCAAUACCAAGCUCUACUCUGCAGAGCAGACUCAGCAAGAAUUACCAGCUGAGAAUUCAACCUUGGAUAACUUGCUGUGCUGCUGUAAUCCUAUCACUGCAGCUACGGCUCUUUGUCCACCUACUCAACCAAAAGUACAAACUUCUUCUGUGAGGGGGAGGCAAUGUCAUUCUGGGAAAAAAAAAAAAAGAAGCCUUUUAAGUGAAGUAGUUGACUGAAGGAAACUAUAAAUUACAACACUUUUAUAACUCCUGGAAUGCACUGAAUGGCACAUACUGUGUGAUAGUAUAAACGGGUGAAUUUUUCCUUUAAUAUUGUACGAAGAAUACAGGCGCUGCUGGGUUUCACUUGACCAUACGUCUUUUCUCGCCACUGGAAUCACGAGUCACGGGGAAAGGAUGGCGUGUUUUAGCUGCGUAGAAUUUGUUUUAUGAGGCAUGUAAAUUAAUAGCUUCAGUGGAAUUUGAAUAUGGUCAGAAAGUGGCCAGGACACAUUUGGACGUGUGUAUUUCUAUUUAAAUGUUUUGGAUGUGCCUAUUGAUUAGUCCAUUUGCCAGUCAGAAUGCUGCUAUAUCUGGUGAAAAUGUGCAAUUUCAGUGUACUGUACUGUUGAAUGUAAUAAAGGAAUAGACAUUUCUUACCUUGGUAAA